GGAGAAAGGAGAGAAAGGAAAGCGCGAGGAGACGCCGCCACCACCAGCGCAGCAGUGCAGGAGCUGUGAGGAGAUUCGGGCAGUCACCCCGCCUUCCCUGCGUCCCGCCACCAGCCGCCUCUGUCCUCGGACCCAUUCCAACAAUCUCUUAAAACAUGGUGGAUUACUAUGAAGUUCUAGGCGUGCAGAGACAUGCCUCACCCGAGGAUAUUAAAAAGGCGUAUCGGAAACUGGCACUGAAGUGGCAUCCAGAUAAAAAUCCUGAGAAUAAAGAAGAAGCAGAGAGAAAAUUCAAACAAGUAGCGGAGGCAUAUGAAGUGCUGUCGGAUGCUAAGAAACGGGACAUCUAUGACAAAUAUGGCAAAGAAGGAUUAAAUGGUGGAGGAGGAGGUGGAAGUCAUUUUGACAGUCCAUUUGAAUUUGGCUUCACAUUCCGUAACCCAGAUGAUGUCUUCAGGGAAUUUUUUGGUGGAAGGGACCCAUUUUCAUUUGAAUUCUUUGAAGACCCUUUUGAGGACUUCUUUGGGAAUCGAAGGGGUCCCCGAGGAAGCAGAAGCCGAGGGACGGGGUCGUUUUUCUCCGCGUUCAGUGGAUUCCCGUCUUUUGGAAGUGGAUUUUCUUCUUUUGAUACAGGAUUUACUUCAUUUGGGUCACUAGGUCAUGGGGGCCUCACUUCAUUCUCUUCCACGUCAUUUGGUGGUGGUGGCAUGGGCAACUUCAAAUCGAUAUCAACUUCAACUAAAAUGGUUAAUGGCAGAAAAAUCACUACAAAGAGAAUUGUCGAGAACGGUCAAGAAAGAGUAGAAGUUGAAGAAGACGGCCAGUUAAAGUCCUUAACAAUAAAUGGUGUGGCCGACGAGGAUGCCCUCGCUGAGGAACGCAUGCGGAGAGGCCAGAACGCCCUGCCAGCCCAGCCUGCCAGCUUCCGCCCGCCGAAGCCGCCCCGGCCCGCCUCACUGCUCAGACAUGCGCCUCACUCUCCCUAUGGGGAGGAGGGCGAGCAGGACCGACCUCGGGCUCCCGGGCCCUGGGACCCCCUCGCGUCCGCAGCAGGAUUCAAAGAAGGUGGCAAGAGGAAGAAGCAGAAGCAGAGAGAGGAGUCCAAGAAGAAGAAGUCGACCAAAGGCAAUCACUAGACCGGACUCGAGGCGCGCGGUGCACCCCCGGACGCUGGCGCUCCCCCGUGCUCGGCGCGCGGUCGUGCACACGCGCUAGGUAGCGGCGUUGGGGCAGGACUGUCUCGAGGCCACACUCGCUCGGCAGGAUUAUGCGAUCACGGAUCAGUCAGAGCAGGGUCAGGAGACGGGGCUGACGGCACGGGUGGCGGGGAUAGACUUUUGGGAUGCGGCCGCGACUCUCUGCUUCUCUCCAGCGCUCAAUCUGCUAGCAUUUUCCUCUAGUGCUUCCGGAUCCUCUUCAUUCUUUUCGGCUACUCAACCGCUCCGCGUGCUGCUGGAGUAUUUCUAGCUUUAGGAGUGCAGUAGGGCGCAGACAGCUAACUGAGUAACAUUCAUGAAAUGAGGCUCUUUCCUGUGGCGGCGUAGUGUUUGGAAUUAAAGUAAUUCAGUGGAGUGUAACUUAGAGAAUAUCGCAAGUGACACACUGACUCCUGCACCUUUUCCUCAGAGCAAUCCCGCCACACCAAUAGAAGGCUGUCGUGAAUCCCAUCAGAUGUAAAAUCAUUCCUUCUGUUUGCUCUUUUAAUUUGCAUCCUCUGCAGGUAGUCCAAAUUCAACUUCAAAUAUGGUGUAGGUUUUGCUAGAGUCCAUAUUUUUUUUUCUCGGAUUUUUGCUAAUUA